AUGGCGACACCAUCCACGGAAAUCGUUGAGAGCGACAUUCUGAUAAUUGGCGGCGGCAUGUCCGGUUGCGGCGCCGCUUUCGAAGCCAACUACUGGGGGCGCAACCUGCGUGUGGUCUUGGUUGAAAAGGCCGUAAUCGAACGCAGCGGCGCCACCGGUGAAGGCCUUUCCGCCAUCAACUGCUACAUGGGGCAGCGGUACGGCUGGAACACCCCUACAGACUUCGUUAACUACGUAGUCAACGACAUGAUGGGGUUGGCCCGCGAGGACCUGGUAUACGACGUGGGCCGCCACGUCGACUCAUCGGUGCACCUUCUCGAGGAAUGGGGGCUGCCCAUCUGGAAGAAGGAAAACGGCGAGUACGAACGAAUCGGGCGAUGGCAGAUACCGAUCCACGGCGAGUCUAUCAAACCCAUCACUGCUGAACCGGCCCGGACAGCGUUGGGGCCGGAGAACCUGUACGAGCGGGUUGCGGUGACCCACCUGCUGACCGACGCCAACGACCCGGAGAAGAUAGCCGGGGCUCUUGGCUUCUCCGUCAGAGAAAACAAGUUCUACGUUUUCAAGUCCAAGACGGUAAUAAUUACCACCGGCGGCGCGUCCAACGUCUUCCGUCCCAAGUCGAUUAACGAGGGCACCGGGCGGACAUGGUACUCGGUCUUCGCCACCGGUUCCGCCUACGGGUUGAUGAUUCCCAUCGGCACCGAAAUGACGCAGAUGGAGCACCGUUUCGUUCCCACGCGGUUCAAGGACGGCUACGGGCCGGUGGGUAUGUGGUUCCAGUAUUUCCACGCCCAAGUGUUGAAUGCCUUGGGGGAGGACUACACCGUUACCCGUGACGAUGAAUUGAGGAAGUAUGAGCCUUACGGUUCCGCAGUGCCCACGCCGACGCCUUUGCGGAACCACCAGAUGUUCAUGGACAUCCAGGCGGGCCUGGGCCCCAUGUACAUGCGAACGGACCAGGCCAUGCAGAGACUGGCUGCCGGCGAUCCAGCCAAGAUGGACGAGGUACGAGCCGAGGCGUGGGAAGAUUUCCUGGAUAUGACCAUUUCCCAAGCUUUGACUUGGGCGGCGUUGGACAUCGCUCCUGAGGAGACGCCGUCGGAGGUUGUGUUAGCUGAGCCAUACAUCAUGGGCUCACACUCCGGGGAGGCCGGGGCUUGGGUAAGCGGCCCCGAAGACCUGUCGCCUCCGGACUACUUCUGGGGAUACAACAAGAUGACUACCAUCCGCGGGCUGUUCGCCGCCGGCGACGGCGUCGGCGCGGCCCCCCACAAGUUCUCGUCCGGUUCCUUUACCGAGGGGCGUUUGGCCGCGAAAGCCGCGGUCAACUACGUGACCGAUCACCAAGCAGUCCCUACGUUGAACGACUCCCAUGUGAAGGGUAUCCAGGAAGCCAUUCUGGCUCCCAUGGUGACCUUCGACCGGUACAAAGGAGUGUCCACGGCAGAAGAGGUCAACCCACACUACAUCACGCCCAGGCAAGGGUUGGUGCGGUUGCAAAAGAUAAUGGACGAGUAUGCCGGCGGCGCUUCCAUGGCAUACACGACCAACGAGUCCACACUGGUGCGCGGUAUCCACUUGAUAGGGUUGCUGCGCGAGGACCUGGCCCACUUGGCCGCCCGGGACCGUCACGAGCUUAUGCGGUGCUGGGAGUUGAUCCAUCGCACUUGGGUUGGUGAAGCCCACAUGCGUCACCUGCUGCAUCGCAAGGAGACCCGUUGGCCCGGCUACUACUACAGGGCCGACUAUCCCAAACUGGACGACGAAAACUGGCGGGUGUUCGUCAACUCGAAGUACAACGCCGCCAACAACGAAUGGGAUGUGUUUACCAAGCCCUACCUGAAAAUCGUUACUUAG